GCUCCGUGACGUAUGCCAAAAGUAUUCUCUAUCGAUGCCGAUGUAUGGUGUUCCGGUUAAGAAUGAAAAAGUACAUUGGCGAGCUGGGAGCAUCUUUUGAAGAAUAUCGUAACGAUGAGCUAACUGUGGAGGAUGUAAAAAGGAAGAAUCCAAGAGGAAUAUUUAUUUCCCCAGGACCUGGUGCACCUCAAGAUUCUGGGAUAUCAUUACAAAUUGUUUUAGAACUUGGACCAUCAAUCCCAUUAUUUGGAGUUUGCAUGGGCUUGCAGUGUAUAGGAGAAGCUUUUGGAGGGCUGCGAUGAUAGCAUACUCAGAUAGGGCGACAUUGUAUCGCAGUUGUAAAAAUUGUUGCUAUUUUAAGCUCUAUAGGACAACACUUCGUCGAAGUUGUAAAAAUCGUGGCUGCUUUAUUCGAAUCUGUAUCUAGAUUGGCAAUAUUUGGAUGGCUUGCUUAAUAAGCAACCAGUUGCCGCCAAAAUAAUCGCUUUGUGACGGUGACUCGAACUGCGCAAACAUGUUUGCCGUCCUCAACUGACCAAAUUCGACUUCAUAAGGUAACCUUCUUCUCUUUUGUGGUGCAUUAUCUUCCUAUCCGUAUAAUAUGUUCUCUUUUUUAGAGUUGUGCCUUUGUUGAGGGAUAAUGUUCUGUGGUUAUGGUUCUCUUUGCUGGUAGCUUUCUUUAGUUUCUUUUAUUCUGCCUUUCCCACGCAAUUGCCGUCCUGCGGGGAAUUCAAUUUUCUUUUAGAGGCCUUUAAGUUUUUGCAUUUCAGAUUGUUGAUAAUUAUAGCAAUCAAUCAUCUAUUAUGUUUGCUAUUGGGAAAGUUUGCUACGUUAUUAGUUCUUUGUUUCUUUGUAUCAUUGCAGAAAAAUUUAUGGCAAUUUUGUUAUUUUUGACAUUUAAGGUCGAAGUUAUGAACAUUUAGACACAAUCUCAUGUAGACCCCACAACCGGGAUUGUUGAACUCGAACGCGAGCUGUGUACUCAUUUAGUUAUUUGUAGAAGGCCUGGGUCCCUAUUUUAAGCUCUAUCUUAGAUAGGGCAACACUUCAUUACAGUUGAAAAAAACGUGGCUAAUUUAUUUUCAUCUAUAACUGAGCUUGGCAAUAUUUGAAUGGCUUGCUUGACAAGCAAUCAGUUGCCGCCAAAAUAACCUGUGAUGUGUUAACAAAUAUAAACCAGAUCUUAGCCGAAUAAUUUGUUUCUUAUUUAUCUUCUUCUUUUUUUUUUUUGACCUAUCCAGAUAUUAGUCCGCUUUUGGACAACA